AUGGCCUGGACACCGAAGGCCGCUCUUGACACUGAGGAAUUACCCUCCCCCAUCCAAUAUGUGGUUGAGAUUGGCGACAAGGGAGUUGCCGAGGUUGAGGCUGGCCUCGAAGCCUACACGAAACUCGGGCUCAAUCAGGACUCUGUUAAUCCCGACACCUUCCCCCUUCCAACACUCGAGGCUCAGCUGGAGCAGGCCUGCCACGACAUCCACCAAGGCCCUGGAUUUGCCAUCAUCCGGGGCCUAGACCCCAACAGUUACACGGCCGAAGAAAACGUUACGAUCUUCUUGGCGGUUGCAAGUCACAUUGCAGACAUGAGAGGAGUUCAAGAUAAGCGAGGGAAUAUGAUCACCCAUGUCACCGACGCAGCGACAUGGACAACUCCCCAUGAACUCCGACACGGAAUCCACACGACAACUGGUUUGGCCUGGCACACGGACAUGUCAGUCAACAUCUUGGGCCUUCAUGUGAGGGCCAUGGCCGAAAGUGGUGGUGAUACCUUCGUAGCAUCGGCUUCGACCAUCUUCAAGGAACUUGAGUCGUCAUACCCACAAUCUCUCAAGGCGCUGCAACAAUCUGAUUGGCCGAUUCAGAUAUCUGGGUCGCCGCCACGCUAUAUCCUUGCACCCCUCCUGCAGGUGUACAAUGGUGCUGUUGUGGUCAGCGUCGAUCCCGGCCGACUGGGACUUCAUCCUGUCACUGCCGAGGCCGGGCUGGGUUCGUUCAUCCCGGACCUGACAUUGUCCCAGCGCAAGGCACUGUCGAUUCUCUCCGAACUGGCUUCGAAACAUCGUCUACGUCUCGACACAAAGCCUGGAGAUAUGGUCUUUAUUAACAACCUUGGACUUCUCCACGCCCGCGACGCUUAUGUCGACCAUAAGACUGGACCUCGACGCCAUCUUGUCCGCCUGUGGCUUUGCAAUUCGAAGCUGGCUUGGGAUUUGCCGGAAUCGAUGCGAGCUCCCUGGGAUGCUGCGUUCGGUGAUAUAGAGUUCCCAGGCGAUAUUGAGAGAAAAUACCCGGCCUUUCCAGCUCGAAAAUACAAACAACCAAGGUAUACUGCUGGAUCAGCUGCAUUUAUCAUCGAUGACGACGACGACGUGAAUAGUAACAACACCUAG